UUUUGUGUCUUGCUUCUGAGGACAAUAAAUCUCGCAGCGAAAGCGGUCCUCAUCUCUGCUACUCCGUACCACCUUCCCCUCCGACCCGCUUCUUCGGGAUUGGCAUUGGGAUACUUUUUUUUUUCCUCCCCUUCCCCCGUUCUACUCCAGUUCUCCUCGAGUUUAUUAUCUGCGAGACCUGAUUCCAAAACGCAUAAGGGAGCGACAAGUCCGUUGGUCACAUCACCAUCCACCAUGGCGACCUCCGAAUCCUCCUCCGUCGUAUCCGACGCUCUAAACGACUUCUUCGGCCAACUCUACACCUUCGUCGAAACAAUCUUCAGACGAUUCUUCAAGAAUCUCUACAAAUCAUUCGUCGAAAUGAGCGCCAAGCGCUGGACGAAAAUCAUCGUCUCCGUCGUCGUUUACAUCCUCAUCCGUCCUUACAUCGAAGCCUGGUUCCGCAAAAUGGCCGAAAAAGACCGCAAGAAGCAAUUGGAGAAGGAAAAGGCAGAGCGGGAAGCCAAGAGAAAGAACAAGGCCAAGAUGUCCGCUAAUGCGCUGCGUGGUGGCGCCACCGGUGGCGGCAAAGUGCUAGGCGAGGUUGACAAUACGGACGAUGAGAUCGAGAGCGGCGAGGACUUUGCUACCGCCAGUGGUGUGCCGGAGUGGGGGAAGCACGCACGGAAGCGCCAGAAGAAGUAUAUGAAGGAGCUGCAACGGGAAGCGGAGCAGCAGACGGAGAAGUUGUCAGAUGAGCAGCUCAUGGAAUUGCUCGAUUGGAGUGAAUCGGAGGAUGAGAAGAAGCAGGAGGAGAGAAAAGAGGAGUGAGAGGUAAACCUCAUUUUUCGGUGCCGUUCGUCGACUUCAGAGCUGGUCACGUUGCUCUUGGCCUAAUUACUCCUAUCCGUCUUAAUAACCGCUUUCCUUCACCCGCUGUAUAAUUGAUAAACCUUCAUGUUCUGUUGAGGCUCUUCUCACGUACCAGCGACGACGCGGCCAGGCACGGCUCCUGUCUUUAUAGGUGCCCAUAGAUUAUGUACUCGAACUAUAUUCUCAAAAACUCGAUGUCACUAUUCUAUCAUCAAGCCGUGCAAUUGUUCAAUCGUAUCAUC